AUGACCGAAUCAUCGCAAUCCGUGCUAUCCGGCCUGUGGAAGCCAACCCACCUCGAGCACCUCUUCUACGGCUCCGACUGCGUAGCCAAACAUCUACUCGAGUGCCUUCCGAACCAAAACUCCAAAGCUUUCAUCAUCACCGGCGCCUCGCUCGCGAACAAGACCUCUCUCGUCAAGUCCGUCGAAUCGCAAUUGGGAGCCCGCCACGCCGGCACCUUCUCCAACAUCAAGCAACACGCCCCCGUAGCCGAGCUCGACAAAGCAACAGAUGCCGUGCGCCAAGACUCCAGCAUCGACACCAUCAUCAGUAUCGGUGGCGGCUCCCCCAUCGACAGCGCAAAAGCAAUUUCCUACCGCUUGAACGAAAAGUCCGGUCGUUUCCUGCACCACGUCGCCAUCCCUACAACCUUGUCAGCAGCAGAGUGCACUUACAACGCAGGAUAUACAGAGAAGAAUGGACAAAAGACAGGUGUUGCGCACAAGGAAUGCGCUCCCCACGCUAUCCUCUACGACUCCAGAUUCGCUCUCGAAACACCCGAAAAGUUAUGGAUGAGCACUGGACUCCGAGCAUUGGAUCACGCAGUAGAAUUGCUCUACCAUCCCACUGCCACAGAGCUUCCUUGUCGACAGAUGGCUCUGAUCGCUGCCCAUGAUCUCUUCACUUACCUGCCCAAAUACAAGUCCAACCCCAAGGACCAAGAUGUCAUUACAAAACUGCAACUGGCUAGUUUUGCAUCCCUGGGUUUCAUGGGUUUGAAUAUCAAGGGUGGGCUUGGACUCAGUCAUGUGUUAGGUUAUGCCCUUGGUUCUCCCUACGGUAUCCCCCACGGCAUAACUUCCUGCAUGACUCUAGGUCAUGUGGCCAAACUCAAGGCUUCCACCGAUGCAUCCGCUGCUUCCCAACUCGCUCGUCUAUGUCCCUUCAUCGGCGUAACCAAGACUGGCGAUGACAAGAAAGAUGGUCAAGCAGUAGGCGAUGCGAUUUUGAAGCUUGUAGAGGACUUGGGCCUGAAGAGUACAUUGACCGAAUACAAAGUUGAUGAGAAAGAGGCACAUACCGUCACAAAGAUUGCUACCAGAUCUGAGAGCGGCGAGCUCUACGAUCAGGUCAACAAGCUUGUCAAGGGCUUGUGGUGA